AUUUACUUUUAACCCGUUCUGCUAAGAGAAUACUUGAGAUCACCAAGUCCAUACCCCCAUUCGAAAGUUAAUGUAUAAACUACAACCGAACCCGCAACUGACAUCCAUUUUGGAAACCAGAUACAGAUACGGGGACAAAGACCAAUCCCACCGACACAGAUACACACGGAGAGCCAACUACAGAUGCUCGCAGGCUGCUGGGAAGAGUCGGUCGGUCGGGCGGUCAGUUGUGCGCCUCCAGUUCUCCAGAGCAAACCAAGUCGUUCCCGCCGGAAGAAAGUAACGAAAGAAGAUCAAGAAAUGCGCAGCGGUUCGGUGAUUAGGCCACUGCUGGUGGUUCUCCUAUUGGGUCACCUGCCGUCCCCCGUGGAACCAGCCAACCUGCUGACCAGCUAUCUGCCGCCCUCCAUGCAGGCCCUGGCCUACUACAUAGACCUUCUCCAAUACGAGCCGCUUUCCAGCACAACAGUAGAGCCGCCCUUCAGUGCGGAUGAUGGUGGAGGAGACUCCACAACCAGUACGUCCCCGCCGACAACGGCCAGACCCACGAGAAUGAGGACCACUACCCGGCGACCAGGAUCUGGAUCUUCUUCCCCGGGUUGGUGGCAGCCUCCGAGCUGGUGGGAGACACCGCAGAGAACCUCCACCACGGAGAGACCCACUGCACCGCCCACUCACUCCCAUCGCCCCGCCAUUUUCGCACCGCCUGUCAGAUCAGAGGCGGGCAAGGUACUCGAGGGUCAUGACCUCUUCGAAGAAAUCGGAGAUGACGCCGACUUUGACAAGCUGCCUCUGUCAUUGAUUCGCGACAUUCAAACGGAACACGAAGACUUCACCAACGACGUGGAAUCGCUGGACAACUUUUUGCGGCUCUACGACGACAACUACGGACGGGCGGCGUUCGAUUUCGAGUCUGCGAUGGACCGCUGGAGCAGUGCCUCCAUAGCGGGGAAGAAGAGGGUACCGCCCACCAAGCCCUACGUGGACUUCCUGCUGGUGUACGAUCUGCUGAAGCGGGACGCCAAGGCCAACAAUCUCAGCAAGUACGAAGGGUACUCCGAGGACCUGCUCGAGCAGCUCCACGAACUCUCGCAAGCCUCGUCCGCCCGGCAGCUGCACACUCUCUUCCAGCGGAUGUUGCUGCGGGGCGACAUCCAGCGGAGCGACGUGGUGGCCCGCGUCCAGGGCAUCAUUAAGGACUUGGGGAAUCCCAAUAGUCCCACCUCCAAGGCGCUGACUUUCAUUCCCAGUAUGCAGUUUCUACCAUAAGAUCUUAGUUAAGUCGCAAUAAAGUCGAGAAACGAGUGGACCUCAUAA